AGACGCAAAGAGCCCAUGGAGGACUACAAGUUCCCGAGCGCAGCGCGCGGGUCCCGGGCCGCCACGCCCCUAGGCUGGGCUCCGGCCCUCCGCCCCCCUCGCAAAGCUGCGCUGGCCGCCCGCGGAGGGGAGGUUGCUGAGCGAGGGCAGGAGGACUACUUCCCAGCACCCCAGCCUCCUGCCAUGUCUGACCCCAUCACACUGAAUGUCGGGGGGAAGCUCUAUACAACCUCACUGGCAACCUUGACCAGCUUCCCUGACUCCAUGCUGGGCGCCAUGUUCAGCGGGAAGAUGCCCACCAAGAGGGACAGCCAGGGCCACUGCUUCAUUGACCGUGACGGCAAAGUGUUCCGCUACAUCCUCAACUUCCUGCGAACCUCCCACCUGGACUUGCCCGAGGACUUCCAGGAGAUGGGCCUGCUCCGCAGGGAGGCUGACUUCUACCAGGUGCAGCCCCUGAUUGAGGCCCUGCAGGAGAAGGAGGUGGAGCUGUCCAAGGCCGAGAAGAAUGCCAUGCUCAACAUCACGCUGAACCAGCGUGUGCAGACGGUCCACUUCACUGUGCGCGAGGCACCCCAGAUCUACAGCCUGUCCUCUUCCAGCAUGGAGGUCUUCAACGCCAACAUCUUCAGCACCUCUUGCCUCUUCCUCAAGCUCCUCGGCUCCAAGCUCUUCUACUGCUCCAAUGGCAACCUGUCCUCCAUCACCAGCCAUUUGCAAGACCCCAACCACCUGACUCUGGACUGGGUGGCCAAUGUGGAGGGCCUGCCUGAGGAGGAGUACACCAAGCAGAACCUCAAGAGGCUCUGGGUGGUGCCAGCCAACAAGCAGAUCAACAGCUUCCAGGUCUUCAUGGAGGAGGUGCUGAAAAUCGCGCUGAGUGACGGCUUCUGCAUCGAUUCUUCUCACCCACACGCUGUGGAUUUUAUGAACAAUAAGAUUAUUCGAUUAAUACGGUACAGGUAAAAGGACCCCAGCAACAUUGGAGGGGGGCUUCCUAAAGCCAAGAUCUUGGAGAGUGUCUCGCCAGCGGUGUGAGGCAGGCCACUGUACUAACCUGUAUUAAUCGUGUAGCAGGACUUGAUUUCCCCCGUGAUGCAGUCCACCUGUAGGAAUCCAUGUGUCCUCUUGACACAGCCACCUUUUUCCUUGCUACUUUGAGCUCGGGGUGGGCAGUUUGCUCUAAGUGAAGAGUCUGCCGACAUGUCCUAAAAGAGGCCACAGGAGGACUUUUUGGCUAGACAAAGGAAAGCAGUUUUUUCUUGGGUCCAGCUCUCUCUGUACCAUUAGGCAGUGCCUCACUUAGCCAUCUGUAAACAGAGCCUCUGGUGGAGGGGAUGGGGUGAGAACAAGAGGCUCCCUCUAGUUUCCCAGGACAUGAAGUACCCAGAGAUUCCCAUCCUGCCUGCCCCUCCGUCCCUGGGAUGUGGCCAGAACCUUGGACUUGCUUGGCUGGCUUGGAAAUGAAGUGGGUAGUGAGGGUGGGAUUUGAGCCUGGCAUGGCCUGGAGGAAUUAGCCUCCAGGCAGCGUUCAGGAGAUGGGGAUAUCCCUCUUGACUGGGCCAGAUCUAGGCCUUUGGGGAUUUCCGGCUUCAGAAGUAAGCUGCUGUCCCUGCGAAGAUUUGAAAGUAUCUGGAGCCAGUGCAACGAAAGGCGCUUCGUAAUGUGGCCUGAUACCUGACUUUUGUAAUCCUUUCCCCAAGAAGUUGAAGUCUCAUUGAAAUAGAUCAUUUAAAACAAAUAUAUUAUGGACUCUCAGGGUUGGAAAAUGAUUCAACAGUCGCUCAGUCCUCCCGCACCCCCAGAACACCCCAGCACCUUUGCGGCUGAGGGCUUCUCCCCAGUACCUUCAGGAGAUCAACUAUCCCUGCUUGCAUACCCUCAGUGACAGGAAGCUCAUCAUCCCCAAGGCCAGCCCCUGCCGUAGUUGGCUGUUAGAAAGUCCUUCCUUACAUUGAGCCGAAACCUGUCCUUCCACAACCAUUUUCUGGUCCUGGUAGACCUACCUUCUCACCCAAAUGUGUAUUUUCUCUUUCAAAAUAGUCACUUUGAGAGGCCAGAUACCUAUUUUGAAAAUAUUAUUACUCGAUAUUAGGAUUCCCCUUGGGAUUUGUCUUCAGAACCAAGCCCCUUUCAUUCCCUGUAAGUCAUCCCCAUUUUGUCGUGGCUUCGCUUCAUUUGUGACCCUCCCUCCUCACCAGACAUGACUGUUCAUGGCUUUUGACCAUCUUCUGUUGAGUUUGAAGAUUGCUGCCCCAGAGGAAGGAGACCAGGGUCUUGGCAAUGUGUAACAAGGAGCCUGGGAGUGACCUGAACCAUAACAUUGCCCUUGGAGUAAGCGUCCAGCCCUUAAAACACUGCUCUGAAGGAUGUGGGCUUCCCCUGCAGUAGUUUCUGGGCAUAACCAGCCCAUGGACCUCCUUGGGGUGAGACCCUGAGCCACCACUUCCCAGGGGGUGAUGAGCAGUGCGUGUCUCAAAGCUGCACAUUAUGAUUCAUCCCUGGCGUGAGGGUGGCCUCGGGAGUCCCAGAAUCUUCCCCACUGGGCAGGGGCCCCCAGGGGAUGGUCCGAAGAAGGGGCUUCCCAUAGUUACACACUGUGAAUAGGGAGCUUGUACGCUGGGAUGUGGGCAAGGCCACAUCCCUUAGGUAAUAAAGGACUUUUCCCCCCUACAGUGGGACCCAGGAGUCUCUGAUAACUGUCCCAUGCCACCAGGCCAAUGGUAUUCAGGAAAGCCCCUCAGGAGUACCCAAUUUAGACCAGCCAGCAGAAGCUGUGACCAUAGCAGAACAGUUCAAGGAAGAAAUCUUACAAAUCACCACUGUCUCUUUUUCUUUUCCAUAAAAAUUCUUUCUCCAUCUUUCGGUGCUUCUUAAUUCAAGCAGCUUGACUUUAGAGAAAGCACAGGUCCUGUGAAGCCACUAAUUUGCUGUGUGACUUUAUGCAAGUCACUUACCUCACUGAGCCAUCUCUGUUUCUUCAUCUGUAAAAUGUGCAUAACAGUAACACGUAACCCUACCUACCUCACAGGGCUGUUGUGAGGAUCAAAUGAAAUAAUUUAUGUGAGAAUACAGUAUAAUUGAUAAAUGGUUGUUAUUAUUUUGUGUCUACAUAUAAGGGAAAAAACCUUGGCUUUGGAAUCAAGCUGACCUGGGUCUGAAUUCUGGCUCCAUCACUUGCUGUGUAACCUUGGACAAGUCCCUGGGCCUCCCUGAUUUGUUUCCUCAUCAGACAACAAUCCCACCUCCUAGUGUUCUGUGACUUGGUUGUGUAUGUGAAAAUUCCUAGCUAGGCCUGGCCCAUAGGAGCUCAAUAAAUGUUUGCUCUUUUAGGAGUAAUGAUGGACUGUCAUGCAGGAGACACCAUGAACAUUAACAAUUUAACAAGCCUUCUGGGGCACCUGGUGUGUGGUCCCUGAGGAUGGGAACAGCCACAGAUAAGUUUAGUCUAGAAAAGCUUAGAGGGCCACACAGUGUGCUGUGGGAACUUGGGGAAAGCAAGCUUAGUUCUAGAAAAGGCAUAAUGGAUGGUCGAGCUGGGCCUUUAAGGGUAGGUUGGAUGGUAACAAAAUGAGCUAAGGAGGGCACUGUGGGCACUGGAAACGCCAUGAGCCGAGGCCCGGGAGCCGUGCAGGUGAGGCGCCAUGCAGGUGAGGCUCCACGCAGGGCCUCCGCACAAAAGGAGCCACAUGCAGUACAUGCAGAGUGCUCACGGUGCCCGUCUCCCUCAGGUGAGUGCAGCCACCUGCUUAGUGCAACAGACAGAUACUGAGCCUGCAGGCAGCACCAUCCCAGAGGACCAGUGAGUCCGGGUCGGCUGUGAGGCAGGCAUGUGAUUCUUGUCAUGAGCCCCUAGCUGCCCGGAGCGAGACACAGUGGUGGUCAGUGAUCUCAACCAGACUCAGUUUAUUUAGCCUUUUGCACAGCUGAGAGCUUUGUCCCAACUAAAGGGCAGUUCUGGGCACACGACCUUGUGAGCUGUCUGUUCCUCCCCGAGCCAUGCAGAGGGAUGGUCAGGGAGGGUGCUCUUGAGGGAACCCUAAGGCACUUGGCGUGACCACUUGGUGAGACCUGCCACCAAACAGGGCCCCUGCAUGCUGGAAGGCCAGCAGUAGCUGUCACCUCAGGCACCUCCUAAAGCUCUUUGCCCUCUUACAAAGGGCAAGCCUUCUGAUGCUAGGUUCUGUCUUUGGGCCAGAGCUCCCUGUGCAGAGGUGGCCAUGGCACCCCCCUUGCCAACACCUCAGUGCCCUACACAGCCCCCCGGGCUAGGGUGUGGUCACUCUGCUUUGUAAACUUCUAUGUGGCCUAAAACAUAGCGCUUUUGUAACUGCACCUUUGUUCACCCCAAACUUCCAGGUUUCUUUUACAAAUUACUCCUAAGACAGCCUACUGUAAGUGGAGGCAUAGCCAAGAUCAGCCUAGGUCAAUUUCACUUGUGUCCAGAGCACCAGCCCAUCCCUUUCCUGAACUGUGGUCUGUUCACACUGACCACCCGAGUCUGCCUGUAUCCCAGGGGCCUCAGGGCUGGUUGGGCAGUUGGCAGGGAAAUGAGACCCCGUGAUCAUCUUGCAGAGCAAAACAACCUUGAUAACGGGCCCAUCAAAGGGGGGGCCCAGGCUUCUUUCCAGGCCCUGUGGGGUCCUGGCUCUGGCAGCUCCAUCUAUCCAGACAGCCCUGUGACCUCAGUCUCCUUCAGAACCUUCAGGACAGUGUGGCACCAAACAGCUGUGGAGACAGUCUGGUGACAUGCUCACCCCAGUCUGGGGUACAGGAACCAAGGGGGGCCCUGAAGAGAAAAGUUGGCCUAUGGAAACCAGAGGACCACUGAGCAACCCAUGGUACCCAGAACCCCACCCGACACAAAGGACAACAAAAUAAGCUCUGUGGUGCCACGGCUUAGCUCUGACUUCUGGGCAGGGAGUACAUGCCCAGUCAGGUGUGUCUGACCUCACUGCCCCCUCUCCUGGACCUAUUUUCCACCAAGUUCCCUGGCCCUCCCACCCCAAUAUAUGUAUUGGGGAGUAUUUCAAAGCCUUUAUCAACAUUUCCCAGUUAACGGACGGCCCUAGAGUGUUCCACCCCAUUCUUAUGUCAGUCCCUCCCAAAAGCCUAGGUUCCCUUUUACUGAGGUGCUGGGUAAAGGCUCAGUUGAGUCACAAAUCCUCUAGAGAUCCUGCUGCAUUGUGACAUGUGUUCUCCCUUCCCAACCCCAAUUUGUUCACUUUAUAAAUCCAGUACUGAAUUUGCUUAAAAAAACACCCUUCUGUUUGGCAUCUCAUAGGUUGCCAAGCUCCUUCCUGUCCAUAGUUUCAUUUCACAGAACCAAAGAAUGACCAUGCCAUGCCGUUCCACACCUCGCCUGCCCUUUACUACUUUGUCUACAUAGCAAACAUCUGCUCAUCCUUCAACACUCUGCAUAAGCCUUGCCUCCUUGGCUCACCAAGGAGAGUUACUCCCAGCCCGCUUUGUACCACCCUAUAUCUGGUGUGGACUUUUAUCAGCAUACUGCAGCUGUUCACAGGCAGCGUUGUGCUGGUAAAUAUUUAACAACAACUAGCUCUCAUGGAAACGCACUGCUCUGUAGCAUCAGCCAAUUUCCAUGGUGUAAAUACUCUCACAGUAGUCAAUUUCAAGUCACCAACAUGAAGUCACUGAUCAUCGGGGAAGAGAGGCACACAAUGGGCUCUGGAGAGCCAGAGGGAGCGUGCUCCAGCACACCUCCGUGUCCCCCACUGAACCGCAUGCUUCUGAGGGCCAGGGCUCUGGCUGGCUCUUUGUAUCACCAGUGCUCAGCACACAGAAAGGGCUCAAUCUAUGUUUGAGGGACUCUGCCACCUGUGGAAUAAGACAUUUUUACCUCCUUGAUGUCCUCUCUUGUUCAAACUCUAUCUUGCUCAAAAGUCUUGCUCAAACUUUUUCCUAUAACACAAGAAAAAGUCCAAAGUUCCUGGUUCUUUAUAUACAGGCUUCAACCUACUUAAGAGCACAGAAUCUGCAGUUAGACUGCCUGGAAUCAAAUCCUGGCUUUGCCACUUAGAGGCUAUGUAACCUCUGGCCAGUUACUUAACCUCUCUCUUUCCUUGUCUGUAAAGUUGUGGUAAUAGUACCUACAACCCAUAGGGCUGUUGUAAGGGUUUGAUGAGGAAUACACCUUCAGCUUUUUGAAUAGGGCCAGGAGUAUAGUAAGUGCUCUACUUACUACAUUAAUUACUACCAUUACUAUAAUUAUUACUACCAUCAUCAUAUUUUCUGUCCUCAUCUUUCACUGCUGUCUUGCUUGCUCAUGCCCUCAGUGUCCCCUGCAUAAUCCACAUGGAUUUUUAACUCCUGACCUUUGCCCAAGGCACUCCUACUGCUUAAAGCAUCCCACCUCUCCUCUCCAGUGACCCAAACCCUGUCCAUCCACAGUGGAUACCCUUCUCACCCUCCACCACCCUCUCACUGAGCCCUUCCUCCUCUGGUCUUUCAGUGCCCUUCUGGUUGGCGUCUCCAGGGGUCUGAGAAUCAGAUCUCAAACCACAGGGUCUGUUUAUUCACAUACUCUUUUGAAUGCCUAACAUAUACCAACCCCAGGGCUGGGCUCUGAGAAAGCAAAGGUGAACCCUGCACAUUCCUCCCUCAGGGUGUGCAGUGGGGGAGAGAGACAGGUAAACAAAUUCCAAUAGGAUGGGCAGUGCUAAGGUGGAAGUCUGUUCCAGGUGGAGUGGACCACAGAGAUAGGAUAGCCUCAAUGUUGACACCACUUUACAGUUUAACAAAGCACUUUGCUUUCUUUUACUCAUUUAAUCCUCCCAAAAAGGCUCUGAGAGAAGCAACACAGGAGGGGCUUUCUUUAAUAGAUGAGGAUGAAACGACUUGCAUGUGAACACACUGUAAGUACAGUGCCUGAACAUAGUAGGCCCUUGGAUCAUUAUGAAAUUGAAUUAUAUGUCAUUUAAUUCAAAUUGAGUGGCCAAGUCAAGGUGAGAAACCAGUCUGAAUCCUCCUUCAGGAUUAUUUCCCCUCAGUUGUGAGGCCAAGGACAGAACCAGGUCUCCAAGUGCCAGUACUCUGAUCCAGGCUUUUCCACAAUGUUCCAGGUGACCUCGGGUAAAUCACGUCACUGAGCUGGGCCAGAGAGCAUCCUCAGUCAAAGGCAAAAAGGUAGAGUUCAGCUCUACCAGCUAGAAGUCUCUUCUAGCCAGAGUUGGCUGGAAGAAUGAUCCUCCUAACUCUGGAGCUAUGUGAGCAGAGACCAAAAAAAUCCCUUGAUGGGGCUGUCAUGGGCUUCUAGCACUGGACUGGCCCCACUUGUCUUCUCCCAGCCUUUUGUGCUGUGAACACAAUACUUGGUGACGGAGCAGUCCUGGGAUUUUUGUAUUUUCCGGUGUGAAACGCUGGACGUUAUCAAGUGCUUCUGGAGCUAAAACAACCAGGCAAAGUGGAGUCGCUCAGAUGUCAUGUCGUACUAAUAUUCCCUUGAGUGAAGUCCGAAAGCUUUUGUGAGGAUGAGGCUUAUUCCACUGAAACAUGGUGCUCCCCACCUCCUUAGAAGGGGAGGCAGAUUAGACAAAUCUCAGCAUCCCCACAUCAUCCUUCCCGAGCAAAGAAAGGGGCUUCCUUACUUGGCGGCUAAGAAAAAGGGCUGUCAGAACGUGACAUUCAUUGGCUAUUUUUGGCAUAGAAUCUGAGAAUGUUGUCCUAGAAGGAAACUUGUAACUGACCAUCAAAGGCGAAGAGGAAAGAGAACUGGCUUUCAGUCAGGCAGACCAGUCCAAAUCCUGGCUCUGUCGUGUGACUUUGGCAAGCACCACCAUCUCUCUCUGUCUCAAUGACUUCAUCUAGGAAGUGGGGAUAAAAAUACCUGCAUUCCCUACAUUGUGGAGUGAUUACAAGGAUGAAGUGAGAAGUACACGGAGAGCGCCUGGCUCCCUUCUCUUGGCCCUGUACUUCGUGCUCUCCACACUGGAUGGGGAGAUCUCUCCUAAAGCAGGGACCACCUCUCACACCUCUAUAUCCCUGGCCUGCAGCACACUGCUUCCAAGGGGAGCUCAGUUCACAUUUGUUGAAUAAAUGACUGAACUCCACCUCUUUACCCUUACCCAUGAGGAAACAGGUCCAGAGUGGUGGAGGGACUUGUCCCAGUUACACAGCCAGGGAGGACCCCAGGACCCUUGACUCUCAGCCCUCCCUCUCCCAUACACGACGCCUUGUGCAUGCCACAUUUGGCAAAGCCCUCUUUGCACACUGGAGCCUUUCUUCUUCUUCUUCUUCUUCUUUUUUUUUUUUUUUCUUUUUUUUGGAGCCUUUCUUCUUUCAACCUCUUGGUUGGCGAGCAGCAGACUUGGAACAAGAACCCAGGUUUGUCAGGUUCCAAAGCCAUGAGCUCAUUUUAUGAGGUGCACCAAAAGCUCGAGUGGGGCCUAAGCAGCUUUUUAAAUCUGUUUCCCAGCCAUGAGUUUAGCUAGUUCUGCAGGUGAUAAGCAUCAGUUGGGAAGAUGCCUCACCACCCUACCUCCCUGCAUAAAUCUGACGUGGAACAAUGGCCAAAAUCCGAGGCUGAAGGCCAAAUGGCCCUGCCUGCUCCCCUUCAGUAGAUCUUUGUUGCCAAAAGCAAAGAAACAGGACAUACUCUCUUUCAUCAAUUCUAAGACACAUAUUUUUUCACAUUCCAACAUCUCUGAAAUCAGGAGGAGACUUAACAAUUGAUGGUAUCUUUCAAUUAUAAUUGACAUUAUGUAUUCUUAUGUGGUAAAACAUAAAAUAAACUUGUAUCUUGAAAUUGUCUUAGGUUAAAUGAAAUCCGACAUUAACCAACAGAGGCAAUGUCACUGCAGGUCUGCAUACCAUUUCCCCUGGGCUAAUUAGACCCUGGAAGCUUUGCCCCUGGCCCAACAUCCUUAUUUUACAGAUAGGGAAAAUGGCCAGGGCCACAAAGCCAAUCAGUGGUAGGGCUGGGUCAGCGUCCUGUGAGCUGGACCUGCUCCUCCCACCUCCUUUAUUGUUAUUAACACUCCUAAUCCUCACCAGAGCCCUGUGAGUUAGGAACAAUUUACUGUCCCUAUUUUCCAGAUGAAUGCUAUGGGAUGAAUUUUGGCCCCCCAAAAUUCAUAUGUAGAAGUUAUAUCCUCCAGUACCUCAGAAUACAACUGUAUUUGGGGGACUUCCCUGGCGGUCCAGUGGUUACGACUCUGUGCUUCCACUGCAGUGGUCGCAGGUUCUAUCCCUGGUCAGGGAACUAAAAGCCCGCGUGCUGCAUGGUGCAGCCAAAAAAUAAAGAAUACAACUGUAUUUGGAGGGUAUUUUAAGACGUAAUUAAGUUAAAAGAGGUCAUUAGGAUGGACCCUAAUCCUAUAGGACUGGUGUUCUUUUAUUUUUGCGGUACGCGGGCCUCUCACUGUUGUGGCCUCUCCCAUUGCAGAGCACAGGCUCAGCGGCCAUGGCUCAUGGGCCCAGCCGCUCCGUGGCAUGUGGGAUCUUCCCGGACCGGGGCACGAACCCGUGUCCCCUGCAUCAGCAGGCGGACUCUCAACCACUGUGCCACCAGGGAAGCCCUAGUGUUCUUUUAAGAAGAGGAAACUUGGACAGAGAAGGACACACGAGGGAAGACCAUAUGAAGACACAGGGAGAAGUUGGCCAUCUGCAAGCCUAGGAGGGAGGCCUCAGAAGAAUCCAAUCCUGUUGAUGCUUUGAUUUUAGAUUUCUAACCUCUAAAACUUUGAGAAAAUAAAUUUCUGUUAUUUAAGGCGCCCAGUCUGUGGUACUUUGUUAUGGUAGCCCUAGCUGACUAGUACAGUGAAGAAGCUGAGGCACAGAGAAGUAAAACAGCUAGGAAGAGGCUGAGGGAGAAUUUUGCACUCAGGCAGUCGGCUCUAUAACCUAUGCUCCAAACCACCACCUCCACCAUGGAGAAGGCCUCAUGGCUCCAGCCCAAAACAGUGCCACUACCGGAGCGGGCUUGUGCUUCUUGGCCCCCAGGCAGCCUGGUCAGCCUAGAUGAGCUCGUGGCAGCUCCUCUGUCUCAGAUUCCUCCAGCUGAGUGUGGUAUGUCAAGCUGUGAUAGGCUUGGGGCAGAGUGGAAAAGAUGGACCACAGUGGUGAGGUUGAGAACAGAAAAUACACACACACCCCUUGUUCCCACACACACCCCUUGUCUCCUAGAGCACUGUUCUUCCUCCUCUUCAUGCUGCCUUGGAAUUACACCAUAAGGCAAACACAGUCUAAUGUUCAACGCUGGUGUGGAUCCUGUCAUCAAAAACCCAGUUCCAAGUAACAACUACCACUGGCCAAGCACCAUGAGGAGUGUUACCUAUAUGAUCUCAUCUAAUCUUAACAAAAAUCUGAGAAGUCACUAACAUAACACUCAUUUAUAAGUGAAGACACUGAGGCCCAUGUAGAUUAAACAGCCCAAGGGAAUGAAGCCAGAAAGAGGCAGAGCUAACAUUGCAGAUCAAGUCUUUCUGAUGCAGAAGCCCAGAGCCCUCAAGUUGCACAAUACCCAGAGGCUCUGUUUGCACAAAAUAAUAGAAUUCAAUAUGACUACUGCUCCUUGGAGUUGUGUAGCAUCCCAGAACUGGGAGGCUCCCCCUUCCCCAAACUCCUAGUGUUUCUUUUAUUUUCCUUCUAGUUUUAUUGAGAUGUGAUAUAAUUAUACUGAGAUAUAAUUGACAUACAGCACUGUAUAAAUUUAAGGUGUACAGCAUAAUGACUCCGUGGCAUGUGGGAUCUUAGUUCCUGACCACGGAUCAAACCCACAUCCCCUGCAUUGGAAGUCAGAUUCUUAACCACUGGACAACUAGGGAAGUCCCUCUUGGUAUAUUUUGGAUAUUAACCCCUUAUUGGAUGUCUCAUUUGCAAAUAUCUUCUCCUAUUCAGUAGGUGGCAUUUCAUUCUGUUGAUAGUAGUUUCCUUCACUUUGCAAAAGCUUUUUAGCUUGAUGUAGUUUUCAUUUGUUUAUUUUUUGUUUCUUCUCCCUUGCCUGAGGAGACAUAUCCAAAAAAAAAUUACUAAGACUGAUGUCAAAGAACUUACUGCCUGUUUUCUUCUAGAAGUUCUAUGGUUUCAGGUCUUACAUUAAGUCUUUAAUCCAUUUUGAAUUUAUUUUUGUGCAUGGUGUGAGACAGUAAUCCAGUUUGAUUCUUUUGCAUGUACCUGUCCAGUUUUACCAAUGCCAUUUAUUGAAGAGACUGUCAUUUCCCAUUGUAUAUUCUUCCCCUUUUCUCAUCCAUUAAAUGCCCAGGUAAGUGUGAGUUCAUUUCUGGGCUCUUUAUUUUGUUCCACUGAUCUUAUGCCAGUACUAUACCAUUUUGAUUAUUGUAGCUUUGUAGCAUAAUUUGAAAUCUGAGCACACAGUACCUCCAGCCUUGUUCUUUCUCAAGACUGCUUUGGCUAUUCAGGGUCUUUAGUGUUUCCAUACAAAUUUUAGAAUUUUUUUUUCUAGUUCUGUGAAAAAUGUAAUUGGUAUUUUGAUAGGGAUUUCACUGAAUCUGUAGAUUGCCUUGGGUAGUAUGGUCAUUUUAAUAAUAUUAAUUCUUCCAAUCCAUGAAAACAGUAGCUCUUUCCAGCUGUUUAUGUUGUCUUCAAUUUCUUUCAUCAGUGUCUUAUAGUUUUCAGAGUACAGAUCUUUUACAUCCUAAGUUAGAUUUAUUCCUAUGUAUUUUAUCCUUUUUGAUAUGAUAGUAAAUGUGAUUUUUUUUAAACUUCCCUUUCUGACUGUUUGUUGUUAGUGUAUAGUAUAGACAUGCUACAGAUUUCUGUGUAUUAAUUUUAUAUCCUGUAACUUUACCAAUUUCAUGUAUGAGUUUUAGUAGUUUUUUUGGUGAUGUCUUUAGGAUUUUCUGUGUGUAGUAUAAUGUCUUCAAGCAGUGACCAUUUUACUUCCUUUCCAAUUUGGAUUCAUUUUGUGUCUCUUUCUUGGCUGAUUUCUGUGGCUAGGACUUAGAAUUCUACAUUGAAUAAAAGUGGUGAGAGUGGGCAUCCUUGUCUUGUUCCUGAUCUUAGAGAAAAUGCUUUCAGCUUUUUACUGUUGAGUAUGAUAUUAGCUGUGGGCUCUUCAUAUAUGGCCUUUAUUAUGUAGAGGUAGGCUCCCUCUAUACCCACUUUAUUGAGAGUUUUUAUCAUAAAUGGAUGUUGAAUUUUGUCAAAGCUUUUCUGCAUCUAUUGAGAUGAUCAUAUGAUUUUUUUUCCUCACUUUGUUAAUGUAGUAUAUUACAUUGAUUGAUUUGCAAAGAUCGAACCAUCCUUGCAUCCCUGGGAUAAAUCCCACUUGAUUAUGGUGUAUGAUCCUUCACUGUAUUGUUGAAUUUGGUUUGCUAGUAUUUUGUUGAGGAUUUUUACAUCUAUCUUCAUCAGUGAUAUUGGCCCAUAAUUUUCCUUUUGUCUGAUAUCUUUGUCUGGCUUUGGUAUCUGGGUGACGCUGGCUUUUAGAAUGAAUUCAGAAUUGUUCUUUCCUCUGCAAUUUUUUGGAAUACUUUCAGAAGGAGUAGUGUUAACUCUUCUCUGAAUAUUUGGUAGAAUUCACCAGCCAUCUGGUCCUGGACUUUGGUUUGUUGGGAGUUUUAAAAUUACUGAUUCAGUUUCAUUACUGGUAAUUGAUCUGUUCAUAUUUUCUAUUUCUUCCUGGUUCAGUCUUGGGAGAGUGUACCUUUCUAAGAAUUUGUCCAUUUCUUCUAGGUUGUCCAUUUGGGGGGAAUAUAAUUCUUCAUAGUGAUCUCUUAUGACCCUUUGCAUUUCUGUGGUGUUGGUUGUAAACUCUCCUUUUUCAUUUCUGAUUUUAUUGAUUUGGGUGCUCUUUUUUCCUUGAUGAGUCUGCCUAAAAGUCUAUCAAUUUUGUUUGCCUUUUCAAAGAACCAGCUCUUGGUUUUAUUUAUCUUUUCUACUGUUUUGUAGUCUUUUUUUCAUUUAUUUCUGCUCUGAUCUUUAUGAUUUCUUUCUACUAACUUCAGAAUUUGUUUGUUCUUAUUUUUCUACUUACUUUAGCUGCAAGGUUAGGUUGUUUAUUUGAAAUUUGUCUUGUUUCCUGAGAUAGGCUUGUGUCACUAUAAGAACUGUUUUUGCUGUGGCCCAGUGAUUUUGGAUCAUUGUGUUUUUGUUUUCAUUUGUCUACAGGUAAUUUUUUAUUUCUUCUUUGAUUUCUUCAGUGUUCCAUUGGUUGUUUAGUAGCAUAUUAUUUAGCCUCCAUGUGUUUAUGUUUUUUGCGAUUCUUUUUCUUAUAGUUGAUCUCUAGUCUCAUAGUGUUAUGGUCAGAAAAGAUGCUUGGCAUGAUUUCAAUCUUCUUAAAUUUACUGAGGCUUGUUUUGUGGCCUAGGAUGUGCUCUAUCCUGCAGAAUGUUCCAUGACCACUUGAAAAGAAUGUAUUCUGCUGCUUUAAAUCCAUUUGGUCUAGUAUAUUAUUUAAGGCCUGUGUUUCCUUAUUUUCUGUCUGGAUGAUCUGUCCAUUGGUGUAAGUGGGUGUUAAAGUCCCCUACUAUUAUUGUGUUACUGUUGAUUACACUCCUUUUAUGAAUGUUAGCAUUUGCCUUACAUAUUGAGGUGGUCCUAUGUUGGAUGCAUAUAUAUUUACAAUUGUUAUAUCUUCUUCUUGGAUUAAUCCCUUGAUCCUUAUGUAGUAUUCUUCUUUGUCUCUUGUAACAGUCUUAUUUUAAAGUCUAUUUUGUCUCACAUAAGUAUUGCUACUUUGACUUUCCU